CUCCCUCUCCCUCCGGUCCACCAGUUCAUCUGCUGAAAUUGAAACCAUCGAUCGGAUCGAGCUGCGAGUUCAGCUCGCCACUCAGUAAAUCCUCGAGCAAGAAGCGUGAAUUCGAAGAGUUUCGAUACUUCGCGGCUUCAAUCUACGUUUUCCGCCCCCCGCGAAUCUACCGUUGGAACGGUUCCGGUUCCUUCCAUUUCUCGAUUCCUUUCCCUUUUCUGAAUCCCUUUUUUGCUCACCGUCCUCAGUUCUUCGAUCGAGUGCCUGUGACCUCAAUUGGAUUCUCGUCGGUGCCGCUGACUGAGUCGACCCGGGAACCCGAGCCUGUUCGAAGGAAGGGAGGUGCGAGGUAGUUUGGUUGCUCGUGGUUUGGCGUAGGGGCAAUGGCGGAGGUGAUCGGUCCGAGGCUGUAUUGUUGCUGUCAUUGCCGAAACCAUGUGGCGCUUCAUGACGAUGUCAUUUCCAAAAGUUUUCAGGGAAGAAACAGUCGAGCUUUCUUGUUCUCCCAUGCAAUGAACGUUAUGGUUGGACCGAAGGAGGACAGGCAGCUCUUGACCGGCCUUCACACGGUGGCAGAUGUAUACUGCUCUGAUUGCCACGAGGUUCUGGGGUGGAAGUAUGAAAGGGCGUAUGAAGAAACUCAAAAGUACAAGGAAGGGAAGUUCAUUCUCGAGAAAUCGAAAAUAGUAAAGGAGAACUGGUAGUCCAUCUUGUGUUCGUGGUCAUGGAUUUGGUUGGUCUGUGGACACUUAAGUAGCUCAAGUGAGGCAGAAGUUCUCAACUGGAAAUAGUCUGCCAUUUCUCCUCUUUGAACUAUUCUUGCGUUUUUGAGCAGUGGUUGUACCCCUUGAUUAUUCAAUCGUGUUAAUAAAUCUUGUGUACAGAUUCGCCAGUCA